AUGUUUGCGCAAGAGUAUAUCCCUUUUGCGACAGACACAGCACCGUCUACGGACGAGCGCGGUAUCCCACAACCCUCCCAUCUCACGCGCAAAGCAUCAUCCGCCAGCAGUGCGUUCUUGCGAGAGCUUCUUGGCCCGGAGAUGGCUCUCUCGAUCAUGCCUCCCGGCUGCCGCACCAUCGCCUUCUCGCAGUGGGGUGGCUUCACUGCAGCGCCCGAGCAGGUCACACCGACCGGAGAGCUCAAGGCCUCAGACCUGUACAUGGAUCGCGGCAUGACAUCCACCUUCAACCCUCCGACGUCCGAAUGGUGUUAUCUGGGAGUGAACCAGCCAAAGCCAGACCCCAGAUACAACGCGCAGCCCAUUCCAGAUCUUCGCAAGCGCAAGCGGAACUCAUCGACCAGCAUCGCGACUGUGAGCGAGCAAGGCGAUCAGGGUGCCAGACCCAAGCCAACGACUUCGCCCGUCCGCUUUACUAGGCAGACACUGAAGCGAGUGAACACCAACUCCGAGCUCACAAGGUCGUUCGAGAUGGUGUCCAUCAAGGAAGAGAAGAAACCCACGUUGGCCGAAAAGUUCGCGUUCGAGGGACUGAACUGUGAGGAUCUUCCGUCAGCAUUCGACUCCGACGACGAAGAAGAAGACUACGACAUCCGACAUGCUCGCUGA